AUGGAUAUACAGGGCGCCUUUGACACGGUUCUGCGGAACCGGCUCCUCCUACGCCUACGGGAACAGGGCUGGCCAACAAACCUGGUCCGGUGGGAUAUAACGACGCCGACAACCCCCCUGACGUGCGGGCUGCCACAGGGCUCCCCGGCCUCCCCGAUUCUCUUCCUCCUCUAUACAGUGCCCAUCUACUCGAUAGGGGAACCGAACUCGCGCUUCGGCUACGCAGAUGACGUGGCCACCCUGAUCCGGGGCCGGUCCCUACAGGAGACGGCCGCCCGGGCCACGCGCGCCGCGGGUGAGCUCAUCCAGUGGGGAGCCGAUAAUGGCGUAGUGUUCGACCCGGGCAAGACAGAAGUCAUCCACUUCACGAGACCGAGAUACAAAGGGGACCUGCCGUCGGUCUGGCACGGAAAGCUCUCAUUCCGCACGCAUGUGGAGAAGUGGGCCGCGAAGGCGAUGACGGCCGCAGGGUUCCUCCAGAACCUCUCAAACACCCGGCGCGGAAUCCUCCCGGUCGACACGGCAUGCGGUCACGGCCUGCGUCCUCCCGAUCCUUUUAUACGGCGCCCAUUUCCGUCGCGGAUCACCUACCUGAAGAAUAGGAUCCAGCUGACCUUAAACGUCGCAAUGCGCGCUAUCGCGCCCGUCUGGUGUACCAUGCCGAUUGUGGCCCUCCACCGAGAGACCGGCAUCCCCCCUGCCACGCUGCUCCUCGCAGACGCCCAGAGACGCGCCGCGAGCGAAGACGGCGCCUGCGGGUAUGGGUACUCAGUGUGGCUAGGCCCUAGCGAAGUGACCUACGGCAGCGGUCGGGUCCUACUCGCUGAGGUCUACGACGCAGAGGUGGAAGGCGCCCUCGAGGGGCUUCGAGCGGCACUCACGUGGUCCCCCAGAACCCCGGACCAGCAGUGGCCGAUAGUCGUCUGCCUUGAUAACACUGCGGCUAUAAGAGCCAUACGAGGCAGCCCAUCGAUCUCGUCGCAAGCGGCUGCGGAGAAGUUCGCUGAGGCCGCGGCUCGACACGGAGAUGUCAGCACGCGUUGGUGCCCCGGCCAUACGGGGAUCGCCGGCAACGAGCGGGCCGACCAGCUAGCAAAGGAGGGCUGCCGGGCCGAGGGUCCGGACAGACCGCCGACCUACGCGAACAUCAAGAGACAGGCCAAGGCUGCGGCCAGGCGCGACUUCCAGGACUGGUGGGCCGCGGGGGCCCCGAGCAGCUACAAGAGCCUAGAGCUCAAGGCCUCGCUCGGGUGCCCCCCGGAGCUGCACACCAAACGACAGCACCUCCAUCACCUGCUCGCUGCGAGGAGCGGGCACGGGGACUUCGCCGACUACCACGAGAGGUUUAACCACGAAGAGGCCCGGAUCGAAUGCUCUUGCGGGAGGAGAAAAUCACCGACACACCCCUUCUACUGCCGGAAGGCACCAGGAAGGGAUUUGACCGGUUCCUCGGGCUAG